UAAUCAUCGAGAAGCUAGUGGCGCGUUCACAUCGAUCGCUUAACAGCGGCGGUGGAGGCCGCGACAGUGGCCAUAAGACAGUGUUAUAUCAAAUGUGUAUGUGAAAACCUCGUGACGUCAUUAUAAACAAACAAAUAGGAAAUAUCAUAACCGUGGCGACGAUAACCACAGUUGUGUUUGAUACAGUCGACAAAAGUUUCGGCAACGAUUCGAACAAAAAAAAUGUUACGCGAAGUUCUUGUCGACAAGUGACAACAUGUCUUAUACAACAGGAGCCGAUUGCGGUAGCAGCAAGUACAGUACAAGAUCCAAGUAUAGCAAUUACUCGCUUGAACUGAGUCCCACAAAUGAUCGACGUUCUAGGUCGUAUUGUAGCGUGCCCAGGUCGACCACUAUACAGGUGUCGCGACAAAGCUCCAGGCUGACGGACGUUAAUGGAAACGUGAGGGCUUUAAGUCUGAGUAAAAGUCUUUCGCCGUCUUCGUAUACUGCCAAUAGCUUAAUCAGAGAUACUAAGACCCUGUCGCUAGGCAACGAGAAACGCUAUAAUGAUACUAAAAAACGUUUGGACGCAUUGUAUAAUAGCAGAUCAUCAGCUUAUUUGAAUAAAUCGUACUCUAGCCUUUCCAGGGCCAAUAAUUUAUCAUAUUUCGAAAAAUACAACAAGCAACAACCGUCAGAUACGUCUCAAGAUCAACCCAAACAUGUAAAUAUGAAUCGAAGGUACACGGAUAACUAUACAGACUCUCUGUCUUCCGUUUAUAACGGGAGACAGCAACAGCAACCGGACGUCAAAAAGGGAGUGGCGGGUAUAAGGAACAUUGGUAACACGUGCUACAUGAACUCAGUCCUACAAUGUCUGAGCAAUACCAAGAGUUUGACUGACUACGUGCUAGAGGAUAAUACAACCGACGGUAAGUUAAUAAAGGUGUAUCGCGAUCUGCUUUCCAGGAUUUGGACAGGGCACGAAAGUCCAGUGGACACUACGGCAUUCAAGUCGGCUUUUCAGAGACUGUCGCCUCGGUUUGCCGGUUACGAACAACAAGAUUCCCAAGAGUUCUUAAGGUUGCUUCUGGACAAACUACAUAUUGACAUCAACCGGGUGAAGCUCAAGUCCAGAAAUUUGUCAGAUGUCGACGACACGUUGAAAGACAACGCUUUAGCCGCUGAAUACUGGCGAAGAUAUUUAGCAUCGGACAACAGUACCGUCGUAGAUCUUUUUGCUGGCCAGCUGAAAUCAACGUUAGAAUGUUCAGUGUGUAGACAUAAAAGCAUCACUUUCGAGGCUUUUUGGGACCUGUCGCUACCAUUGCCGUCGGGGACUACUGAUCAAGUGUCCCUUACAGACUUGUUGGCCAAUUUUACUCAAGAAGAAGUGUUGGACUUUCGCGAAAAACCACGGUGCAGUAAGUGCAAAGUGGAUCAAAAAAUGUAUAAAUCGUAUAGUUUCCAAAAACUACCCAGGUAUCUGGUGUUACACCUGAAGCGAUUCCAAGGUACUCACUCUUACAAAAAGAUCACAUCUCUAGUAUCGUUUCCUCUGGUAUCACUCGACAUGAGUCCAUUCGUGUCGAGCUCAGCCCGUGCCAUACAGUCUCAUACUAAGUACAAUUUAUACGCAGUAUCCAAUCAUUCGGGCACACCCAUAGCUGGUCACUACACAGCGUUUUGUAAAAAUCCUAUUUCUGGUGAUUGGCAUUUCUUUAACGAUAGUUCGGUGUCAAAAAUUAUCUCCCCAACUAAAAUUAUCAGCAACGAAGCGUAUAUUCUUUUUUACGAAGCCGUUUCUGGACAUUAAUAAAACGGUUAGACAAUUUAGAAAUAUUUUAAUAAUUCAUCCGUCCAAAUCAACACACAGGAAAAUUAUCCAGUCAUGAUUGUAAUCAGAAUUAACGAAAAUUUUUCAAUAAUAAAAAAAAAAGUCAUAUUCAGAUGGAUUGAGCUAAUUUUUGAUCAUAAUAGUUUUCUCAUCCACAUAUCACAAUAAUUAAGAAAACUGUAAACAAAAUAAAUUUUAUGAAAAAUAAAAGAUGUUUGAUUUUUAUUUCGAACAUCUAUACUAUUAAUUUCGUUAUUGUAUAGAAUUACUAUAAAUUAAUGUAAUAUAACAGCCUCUGAGGCAGUACUGAAGUGUGUAACUAGUCAAACUAUUAUCAUGAUAACCUAAUUGCAAUUAAUGUGAGGUUAGCGUUACCAGUAAAUUAGUAUUUGUUGUCUUGUAUUCAGAUAUUUAAUAGUAUUAUCAAAUAUAUUUUACAAAUAAUUUCUGUAGGUUAUUUACAAAAUCAGGGUAUGACAACUGAAUUUUGUUAUUGCAAAAAUAUUAUAUAUAUGUACUUUCUGGAUACUACUUAAUAAAAUAAAAAAAAGGAAUGGGCUUGGUUUUUUGAGUUAAAUGUAACGUUUUUUAAUUCACAUGAAAAAUUCUGAAUUACUACAAAACUUUUUAAGGUCUAAAUCUUUUGAUGUAAUUUUGCAAGCCAUGAUAUAUUAAGGCUAGUGUAAAAAUUAAAAUAUAAGACAAAUUAUGAAAAGUUUAAAAUACAAACAUUUGUGCAAAAUUUUUAAAACCUGAAAAAUAUAAAUAAUUUUUUAACUAUUAUUAUACGUUACUUGAUGUUCAUGAGAUUUCCGGAGAAUAUAAAUAAAAUUAUUAAAAAACGCAUAACGAGUAGCGACAUUUUAUUUUUAGCUUCAUAAGUCGUAUACAAGCUUUCUCUGAAGUUCUAUAAUUAUACUCAUUUUUACAAUGAAAUUUAUGGUUUAGAGAGAAAUUUAAUAUUAUUAUUUGAUGACCUAUUUUUUUCUUUUAAGAAUUACUCUCUGUCUGGGUAUACUUCAUUUAAUAUUUGAGUGCAAUAUAAACCAUGUAACGUAAUUCAUCAUAAAAGAUUUAAGAAAUUUACUUGUAAGCAAUUUUUUUUAGAAUUUAUAGAACUAUUUUAACCAUAAAACUCUUCAGUAUUUUAUUCUAUACUAUUUCUAUAAAAAGUCAUUCUUUUUUUCCUAUCAUUUAAUGAUUGAUUAACAAUAAUUUUUAUUUUAUCUGCUUAAUUAUUCAGUUAAUUAAUAUUAUGGAAAAUAUAGCGAGAUCUGUUUUACAUUAGGGUUACCUAAAAUCGUGAUUAUAAGAUUAUAUUUAACUAUUAUUGUAUGAUUAAAUUGUUUAAAAAGAUUUAACUUUAACAAAUAUAUUAUAUAUUUUUUGCACUAAUUGUCUUUUUGUUUUAAUUUAAAAAGUAAAAUCAAAUGCUAUUAUAUAAGGAAACUUUAUCAUUUAUGUUAGUAUGAAUUUGUUUUAUGUUACAAAAUAUUGUUGUUUUUCUUGUUCCUUAGUAACUUAUUAAAACAGACUUGAUUGUUGAAUGUUUUUUCUUAAACACUUAUUAAGCCAUACAAAAAUUGAGUCAUUUUAUCAGAUAAUAAAAUAUUACACGAUAUAUCAUUAUAUUAUGAAGUUUAAGGUUAAAAAUUGAAAUUAAAAUGAGCAGCAGUUCAAUUUCUUUGAGUCAUAGUAGGAAAUUAAUUUUUUUAUAUUAAAAAUUAUAUUUAAUCUCUUUAAAUAUUUCACAAAGUUUAAUGUGAUAUAUUGUAUUAAGUUUAAAAAAAAAAAAAUGAAGGUACAAUAUAAUUUAUACACCUUAAACAGUAUACACGUAUAACAUAUUUAAAGAUCUUUAGUUAAUUUGAAAUUGUUGAUCUGUUUGAAAUUAAAAAUAAUCAAAAAAUAUUUAAAAAUAAAAUAAUAUAAUUGAACAUCAUAAUUUAUAGCAUAUACAACUAAAUAACGAAUUCCCUUAAUAUAUCACAGUUUUACAAUAGAGUACAUAUACAAUUUAAUAAUUAAAUACUAAAUUUAUAACAAAGAAGGA